AUGAAGAAGGCUUUUGAUCAAACUGUUCGCGACAUUAAGAGAGAGGUGAAUAAAAAAGUUCUUAAAGUCCCUUCAAUAGAACAGAAGGUUCUUGAUGCAACUAGCAAUGAGCCUUGGGGUCCUCAUGGAGCACUUCUUGCUGAUAUUGCACAGGCAACAAGAAACUUUCAUGAGUAUCAGAUGAUAAUGUCUGUAAUCUGGAAGCGUAUCAAUGAUACUGGAAAAAAUUGGCGUCAUGUUUACAAGGCUUUGACUGUUUUGGAUUAUUUGGUAGCUCAUGGUUCAGAACGUGUCAUAGAUGAGAUCCGGGAGCAUGCAUACCAAAUAUCGACAUUGUCCGACUUUCAAUACAUUGAUUCCAGUGGGAGGGAUCAGGGAAACAAUGUCAGAAAGAAAUCUCAGAGUCUUGUGGUUCUUGUAAAUGACAAGGAAAGAAUACAAGAAGUUCGUCAGAAGGCUGCUGCUAACAAGGACAAGUAUCGCAACACAUCGAUGGGUAAUAUGUAUCGGCCUGGUUCCUAUUCAAGUGGAGGAGGAUAUGGUGACAGAUAUGAUGAGGAUCGUUAUGGAAGCAGAGAUGAUGACCGUAAUGGUUAUGGGAGAGAGAGAGAAUGGGGCCAAAGAGAUGACGAUAGAUAUGGUAAGUAUGGCGAUUCGUAUGGCCGUGACGGGGACAGAUACAACAGAGAAUAUGAGGAGCGUUCUGGCCGAGGUGGCUCUAGGGAUGAUGAAUACCGAGGAAGAAGUCGAAGCAUUGAUAAUAAUCAAUAUGGGUCAAGAAGUAGAAGUGCUGAGCGAGAUAGAGACCGUGCUUAUGAAGACGAUAGCCAAUAUUCUUCAAGAGGAAGUGGUGCCAAAAUUGAGGAUCAUUCUCAAGAUGGAAGUACUACGGCCAGGCCGUUUGAUCGUAAAUAUUCUGAACAAAACCUUAAUGCUCCUCCUAGUUAUGAGGAGGCUGUUAAUGGUGCACGCAGUCCUACUUAUAGUGAAAGGGACAGAGAACCUUCCCAAGCAUCUGCGCCUAAAGCAUCCCCUCCUCCCUCAAGUUCUAGUCCAAGUAAUGCAGCAGCUUCAUCACCAGCUCCAGCUCCAGCUCCAAAUAAUAAGAAAGUUGACGGCUUUGAUGAGUUUGAUCCACGUGGUUCAGCUGCACCAACUACAUCAAAUGUUGCUGCUCCAACUACAUCAGGUGGCACGGAAAAAGAUUUAUUUGACUCAUUAGCUCUCGUGCCUGUUACACCGCAAAUCACGACCUCUGAAGCUGAUGGCUCGGUAAACUCCAGCCAUGGACCCGCAUUUGUGGCCACAUCAUCUCAGCCGUUUGACGAUCCAUUUGGGGAUGGCCCUUUUAUAGCUGCUACUUCUACAAAUAGUGUACCAGCUCAACAACAGGUCAUUACCUCGGCAAGUUCCGUCCAUUUGAGCUCUAGUCAAAGUUCUGACCUGCCACAACUAUUUCCUCUAAACACAACUGCUGCGUUCGGAGGCACACAAUUUCCCCAACAGGAGCUGUCAACACACAACCAGGAUUUUGAUAUAUUAGCCGAUGUUCUCCCACCAUCUGGAUCUUCACUUCCUGUCAAUUCACAAACUGGUCCAGUUCAAUCUAUCCAACCUGCAUUGCAGUCGGGUUUUGCUUCACAACCAGGCCAGCCUUCGUUACAGACAACUUAUCCACUUCAACCGGGACAGUCUGUUUCCAUGGCCUCGACCUUCCCAGCUCAUGCUGGCCAAGCAUCACAGAUGGGUUUUACCACUCAAAGUGGUCAACCUGCAACCCUUGCCGGCUUUCCUUCUCAAACGGGUUCUUCAGAGGCUGGUAUUCAGACUCCUCUCAUUGGCCAAUCUGCAGGAUCAAAUGCUAAUUUCUAUGGGGGUCAAUUUUCAAGUACUCAUGGUUCACAGUCAGCGUUGCCAGCUUCAACAUUGUCAACUGCUAUAGUUCCCCAGCCAACAAAAGACAAGUUUGAGACAAAAUCCACCAUUUGGGCCGAUACUCUGAGCCGUGGACUAGUCAAUUUAAAUAUCUCCGGGGCAAAAACAAAUCCAUUGGCUGACAUCGGAGUUGAUUUUGAUGCCAUAAAUCGCAAGGAGAGGAGGAUGGAAAAACCGACAGCAUCUACAGCGAUAUCAAAUGUUACCAUGGGUAAAGCCAUGGGGUCAGGUUCUGGAAUUGGCCGUGCUGGUGCUCUUAGGCCUCUUUCUAACCCAGUGAUGGGCAUUGGUGGCACGACUGUCCAGCCCGGGAUGGGUAUUGGCAUGGGAGGUUAUGGUGUAAGCCAGCAUCCCAUGGGUAUGGGUCAAGGAGUACAUAUGCAACAGACUGGUUUUCCUCCCGUUACCAGGCCUGGAGGAUAUAAUUAUAAUCCCAUGAUGGGAACAGGUAAUUUUAAUCAACAUCCAUAUGGUGGUGGCUACUGA